AUGUUGUCCGGAGAUCAAUUGAAACCAAGACCUGAGGUCAAGGGCCAGGAGCUCGACCGACCAAGCAAUGAGGAGGCAUCUUUACCGCAAACGAGGCGAGCGCGUCUAAAGAAGGUGGAUUGGUGGCUAUUGAGCUACGCCUGCACCGCAUAUUUUAUCAAAUCUUUAGAUCAAUCCAAUACUUCCAAUGCCUACGUCUCAGGUAUGAAAGAAGCCCUCGACCUGAAGGGCAAUGACCUGAACUACCUCACGACAUACUGGAACAUCGGAUAUAUCAUCGGGCAACUCCCAUCCCAGCUGGUCCUCACCAAGAUCAGGCCGUCUAUUUGGCUACCAGCCCUUGAGCUGCUAUGGAGCAUAUUCGUCAUGUCACUCGCAAGCGCAAAGAAUGUCGAAACGCUCUUUGCGCUGCGCUUUUUGAUCGGACUAUGUGAAGCGUCCGCUUAUCCGGGCAUCAUCACACUUUUUGGAAAUUGGUAUACACCACAGGAACUAGCGAAACGGAGCGCAAUAUUCCAGGCCUCUUCUAGCGCUGCCAACAUGUUUUCGGGAUAUUGUAUUCGGGUAUGA